UAAAGAAAUGCGGUGACCCAGUGAAAUAGUGUUUUUUCAUUGCCAAAUACAGUGCAGAAAUGGAGAAAAACAACAAAAUGAAGAUAGUUUGGUUCAUUGUGAUGUUCUUUAAUUUUGUUUUUGGAGUUUCUGGCAUAAUAAUAUGUAGUUUGAAGUUGGAAUACAGUGACGACGAAGAUGUUCGAGUAGGAUUUUUCAAAAUGUCGAUGGCAUUUGCUGCUUGUAAUCUAGUGCUUAGCGUUUUAUUACUAGUAGCUGUACUUAAGAAGGACCAAAAAUAUGCAUUCCUGUAUGCGUUGCUCAUAUUUUUGAGCUUGUUUGCUGCCACCAUACAUAUAGAGAGCCACACCAGUCACGACUUCACAUUUUUGAUCAUUUUUGCUAUAUUUGGUUUUGUUUGCUUCAUGUGGUUUUGCUUGUACGGAACGUAUCAGUACUGGAUGGAAGAAACCCUCACCGAGAGUCAUUCUGUUGAAGUUGCCAAUGUAUGAGGGCUUGACU